UGACGAAUGUAAGACAUCGAAUCACACAUGCAUAAGUCAAGAUCAUUGUCGUGACAUGGAUGGAUCUUAUGAAUGUUUUUGUCCGAAGGGGCAAUACGGAAAUGGAACAUUGGCUGGAGGAUGUCACAAACGAGAUGUAAUUACGAUGGUUGUCAUUGGAUCUAGUGGUGGAUUAGUUAUUCUAUUUGUGGGAAUUUCGUCUCUAUACUUGAUAUACCAAAAAAGGAAACUCAUCAAACUAAAGCAAAAAUUCUUCCAACAAAAUGGUGGUUUCAUUUUGCUACAACAACUCUCUACAAGAGAAGACUCAUCUCAAUCAGCUCAAAUAUUCAGAGAAAAGGAACUUAAAAAAGCCACCAACAACUACCACGAAAGUUUAAUCAUCGGUAGAGGAGGUUUUGGUACAGUUUAUAAAGGAGUUUUAACAAACAACAAAAUUGUUGCUGUUAAAAAGUCCAAAAUAUUAGACGAAAAUCAAAUCGAACAAUUCAUUAACGAGGUAGUUGUUCUGUCCCAAAUAAAUCAUAGGAAUGUUGUCAAACUCUUGGGAUGUUGUUUGGAGACAGAAGUUCCUUCCUUGGUGUAUGAAUUCGUUAGCAACGGUACGCUUUUCGAAUUCAUACAAAGUUCUAAAGAUACAACAAAUAAUUCAACAUGGAAAACACGUUUAAGGAUAGCUGCGGAGACAGCUGGAGCGUUAUCGUAUCUACAUUCAUCUGCAUCAAUACCAAUUAUUCAUAGAGAUGUUAAAAGUACCAAUAUUCUCUUGGAUGAUAAUUACACCGCAAAAGUUUCCGAUUUUGGAGCUUCGAGAUUGAUUCCAGUUGAUCAAACCGAGAUAGCAACAAUGGUACAAGGAACUCUUGGAUACUUAGAUCCAGAGUAUAUGCAAACACAUCAUUUAACUGAGAAGAGUGAUGUCUAUAGCUUUGGCGUUGUUCUUGCAGAACUUCUAACAGGGGAAAAGCCUAUUUCUUUUAAUAGGUCAGAAGAGAAAACUAGUCUUGCUAUGCAUUUUUUGUCUUGUUUAAAACGAGACCGAAUUUUUGAAGCUAUUCAAGUUGGUAUUAUGAAUGAUGAAAACAAGGAAGAGAUUAAGGAAGUUGCUAUUCUUGCGGCAAGGUGUUUGAGUCUUAGAGGUGAGGAAAGACCUAGUAUGAAGGAAGUGGCAAUGGAGUUAGAUAGUAUAAGGUUAAUGGAGAAGCAUCCAUGGAAUGGUACAGAGCAAAAUUUGGAGAGUCAACGCUUACUUCAAGAGGCAUCCUCAAGCAUUUAUAAUGAGAUUGGUGAUAAUAGAUAUAAUCUUGGAUAUACUACUCGAUAUGAUAGUUUGAAAGAUCAACCAUUAAUUUCCUUGGAUGAUGGAAGGUUGCUUAUAACAUUGAAGUCCAUAAAAUUUAAACAUUGCACGGUUUCAGACAAAAACAAUUUUGCCACUAUGUGGGUGAGAGUGAUAUUGUUGGUCUUGUUACCAUUUAUGCUCCAACAAAGUAGCAGCACCAAUCUUUCUAUUGAACAAAAGCAUUCCUGUCCUCCUUCAUCUUGUGGCAAAAUUUUCAACAUAACUUAUCCAUUUCGAUUAAAAGAUGACCCAAUUCAUUGCGGUGACAGCAGGUAUGAACUAUCAUGUGAAAAUAAUGUGACAACUUUAUAUUUAUAUUCUGCAAAAUAUCAUGUCCAGUCCAUCAAUUACAACAACUUCACAAUCAGACUGGUUGAUCCAGGAGUUCAAGAAUCUAAUUGCUCUUCAUUUCCUCGCAAUUUCUUGUCUCGAUCUAAUUUCUGUGAUACUUAUGAAGCCAUUAACAACGAAGAUUGCACAGUUCCAUACAUAGCCAGCAACCGAGAUUCUUAUGAUUUGACUAUUUUUAAGCAUAUAGUAUAUUUAAAUUGUAGUCGUCUCGUGACUAACAAUUCUAAAUAUGUGAACACGUCUUCUUGUCUCAAUUCGAACUCUAAAAGCAAUUAUAUUUAUGCUAUCGCGGGUGAUUUAAUUGCGAAAGACUUUCAAGUUGGUUGCCAUGUGAAGUUUGUUGCUCCAACUUCUUGGCCAGGUUUGCAAAGAAAUCAAGAACAUUCCUAUGAAGAAAUGCACAAGGCGUUAGUAUAUGGAUUUGAGAUUUCAUGGUUAGGUUUAAUCUGCCAAAAUCGUUGCGGAGAAACAAUGCUCUGCUCCUUCAACUCUUCAACCGAGAUAGUUGAAUGCUCUCAUCGUCUCUGCCUUACUGUGAUGGGAUAUUGGACCGAUACUAGUUGUGGAAGAUGGACUCAGUUUUUGUCAUAUGCUAAAGAUAAUAUCAUCGCUAUCAUGAUAGGACUGGUUGAAAUAAUAAAAGGACCAAACUCAAAUUAUGAUCUAAUCAACUAUAAAGUAGGAUUGACUAUAGGACACUAUGUUCUACCAUCAUUAUGGGCUGGUAGAUUUCUGCUUGGGAUAACAUUUUUUAUUGUACUACUGAUAUAUAAAUGGCGAAAAAGACAUUGGUCAAUGUAUGAAUGUAUUGAAAUAUAUCUACAACAACAAAACAACCUCAUGCCCAUUGGAUAUUCAUACAAACAAAUUAAGAAAAUGGCUAGAGGUUUCAAAGACAAGUUGGGAGAAGGAGGCUUUGGCACUGUGUUCAAGGGGAACCUUCGCAGCGGUCCUUGUGUGGCAAUAAAGAUGUUGGGUAAGUCAAAAGGUCAUGGACAAGAUUUUGUUAGUGAAGUCGCAACUAUUGGAAGAAUACAUCAUUUGAAUGUGUUUAAAUUACUUGGAUUUUGUAUUGAGGGAUCAAAGCGCGCUCUUAUUUAUGAAUACAUGCCCAAUGGGUCUCUGGACAAAUUUAUUUUCGCUAAAGAAGGGAGUAUAAAUUUAAGCUACAAACAAAUUUCUGAUAUUUCAAUUGGAAUAGCUCGUGGGAUAGCUUAUCUUCACCAUGGAUGCGAAAUGAAGAUUUUGCAUUUUGAUAUCAAGCCUCACAAUAUCCUUCUUGAUGAGAAUUUUAUCCCAAAAAUAUCUGACUUUGGGUUGGCCAAGCUACAUUCGAUAGACAAUAGCAUUGUCACAAUGACGGGAAUAAGAGGCACAAUUGGAUAUAUGGCUCCAGAAUUGGUCUACAAAAAUAUUGGGGGAGUGUCAUAUAAGGCUGAUGUUUAUAGCUUUGGGAUGCUUUUAAUGGAGAUGGCAAGCAAGAGGAAAAACCUAAAUUCCAAUGCAGAACAUUCAAGCCAGAUGUAUUUUCCCUUUUGGAUUUAUGAUCAACUUAGAAAUGAGGAAGAAAUCGAAAUGGGAGAUGUCACGGAGGAGGAUAUGAAAAUUGUAAGGAAGAUGAUCAUGGUUGCUCUUUGGUGUAUACAAUUGAAGCCGAAUGAUCGCCCCUCAAUGAGUAAAGUAGUGGAGAUGCUUGAAGGAGAUAUUGAAAGCAUUGAAAUGCCUCCAGGGCCAACCAUGUAUCCAGAUGAAACAAUUUCAAGAGACGAAACAAUCAACUCAGACCAACCAAUGUCAAGUGACUUAAAUAGUUUUAGUGAUUCUAUGGAAAAUGCAACUAAUAAUACUUCUUGA